CUCAUCGUAUGUGUCAUUUUUGAAAGUCAUGAAUGAUAAACCCGGAUUUCAGAGUUUAUCAGAAACAUCUUCACGCGUUUAGCCUCUCCUUUAUUUUUUAGUAAUGAACAGCAGAUUGCGUAGGUCACACUACAUAGGCUCCCUCUGCUUUUAAAAGGCCAUUCAGGAGAUUCGAGCACAGUCGUCUUUAUGAUGAGUCGGUCAAUAACAUCACUCUGGGUAGGCUAGUUGUGUUUGUGCUGUUGUGUUGUUACUUACCGUACAUGUCAUGUACACUGGCUAGCUUUAUCCACCUAAGUAACUGUUACAGCUCGAUUAUCUCGAUUUGACAUCAAGUGUGUCCCAGACUUGUUUGGUAAAGUGUGUCUAUCACCCGGAGGGAGAGACUUAAGAUUUUCGUCGGCAUGAUGCUGCGACCAGGCUUAGCGCUACAUCUCGUACGAGCACUUUAUCGAGACGGGUCUAAAUGGACUAGAUUCGCUGGUCGAUGUCCCUCCUUUGGCCAGACACCGUUGUCUGCACCGCAGCCUUUUCGUGCUCUCACGGUGUCGUCCUGGCCCUUCUCUUCGCCUCCGCGGGACUACAGCCUGCCCAACGAGUCGUGGGCUCCAGAGAUGAUGAGGCUGUAUGAGCACUACAACGCCCUAUGCGAGGCUGAGGUUGGGGAGGAAGGAGAGAAGAAGAGGGGACCCUGGCGAAGGCUCCCAAGCUACAACCGCACCCUGAAAUAUGCCACUGGUGGCCGGUGCCUGAGCAAAGUUCUGCAGUCUAAGGCCCGUCUCUUCACGCGGAACAUUGAGGAACCGGGAGCCAGUUUUGAGUACGUGGUCUUCCUCAACAAGGAGGAGAAGAGCUGUGUGUGUGUGUUCCAGGCUGGACAUCUCCUGGAGGGCCCACCUGGGCAUGUCCAUGGGGGAGCCACUGCCACAAUCAUCGACGGCACGACGGGGACUCUGGCCACCUACGUGUCAGGACCUGUUAUGACUGCCAACCUCAACAUCAACUACCGCAGCCCCAUCUCUCUGGGUAGUGUGGUGCUGGUGCAUUGUGAGCUGGAGAAGAUUGAGGGCCGCAAGACCUUCAUCACCUGCCGAGUGACCAGCGCUGACGGAGACAAACUGCACACUCAGGCCACAGGUUUAUUUGUGUCUAUUAAUGUGGGCCACUUAUUUGGGGCGUGAUGUACCGUACCGAGAAGAGGAGAGUAGAGGAGAGGAGAGCAGACCGCCACCCAAUUUCUCUACAACCUGCGAUGGGGCGCGCCGACCGCCACCCAAUGCCUCCGCUGGGCCUCCCUCCAACGGUGGAAACCAUGGCAACCAACUCUCUUCUCACCACCUGAAGUUUGAGCCACUUCCCCAAACGUGCGUCCACCCCUCUGUCCUCCCAUCUCGCGUCUCGUUGUCGACCUGAAUUAAGUCAGUUUUAUAUUGAGGAUUCAUUUAACCCUUGUAAGGUGUUUGGGUAAAUUUGACCCGUUUUCAUUUUUUUAUCUUGCUUGAGAAAAAUAGAAUCAGUUAUUAUUCUUUCACACUGAGAUUCACUGGCCUUGGCUUUCUGUAAGAAACAUUAGUCUUAAACAAAAUUAGUGCACAUUUCUAUCACACAGGAGGUGUUCCUGGGUCUUUUUGGCCCAUAUCAUUUUGGGGGGGCUUAUACAUCAAUAUUUUCUAAAAUCUUUGAUACAAUACUGAUCACAUGAUGAUGAGUAGACAAGGCAGAUGGCGAAUUACUGUAUGUGGAAAAAGGAGAGCAGCUAUUGUUCGGUCCCCCAAUUGUGCAUCAAUGUUGCAACCUUGCAUGAGAAGAGCACUAGUAGCUCAAUCCGAGAUCUUGGAUUGAGUUUACCCACUUUCUUCACCAUCUUCUUAUCUUUUUCUCUCUGUAUCUUUCACUCUCAGAAACAUAUAGACACAGAAAUUCACAAGCAGGAUGAAGGGAACAUGAGGGUGAAUAUUUUUUCCUUUGUAAAUUAUGUUUUUCUUACAAGGGUUAAUUAGUUGUUUUUGUAUAGUACAGUGAAGAUGGAGACAGAAAACCACUGGGAGAGAGAGGAGGAGCAGGGUUGCUACACGAGACGGGCUGAACUCGAACCUGGGUCCCCAUGGGCAUGCAUGCCCACAUAACCCUCACAGCAACAUAAAAUAUGUGAAAUAAUUGUCCUUGUGACACAUGAGAACAUACUGUAUGUCUAUGUGUCACAGUGGGGUUUGACAAUAAGAUUUUGUUUCCAGGUAUUUCUUACAUAUAGGAUAUGUUGUUAAAUUAAUAUCCAAUACAAAACUUUGAGUUUACGGCCCUGCCGUGGCUCGAACGGUGGGGCGCUGCACCGUUACGCCGGGGACCCAGGUUCGAUUCCGGUCCGAGGUCAUUUCCCGAUCCUUCCUUUCUCUCCCACUUGCUCCCUAUCACCAUUGAACACUGUCCUAUCAAAUAAAGGCAAAAAGACCUAAAAAAACCCAAAAAAACUCCAAAACAUGUUUACAUCCAAUAUAAAACUGCAAAUUUACCAAGGUGGACAACAGGUCGGGAGGUCAGGGGAAAGGGAGAAAGGAUACAAGUUUGGGGGAUGGAUUUGUCCACAUUGUGUUGUACUGUAUGGAGUGUUGGGCUGAGUCCGAAGUGUUCACUUGUUGACUAUAUGCAGGGAACAAUAUGAUGGCUGAAGUUGACGCUUAUCUAUCUAGUGAACUAAAUAGGGAACUAUUGCGAAUUUACAUGGCUUUGGUGGGUUUUUUGAUGGAGUGUUCCAAAUGUUUCCUCAUACACUACAUAGUUUACACUGUGUAGCCAAGAAAAAAAAUUAAUCAACAUGCGCCCCAUCUAGCACACUAUAGUGAAUGAACGAGUGGGCAUUCUGGACUCGGCCUGUGUGCGUGUUUGUGUGUGUAUGUGUGUGUGUGUGUGUGUGGCAUCUUGGAAAUGUUUACCUGUUCACUACGUUGUGGUCUUCAUGGAGAACAAAACAGUGACAACUGAUGCUGUGUGUAGUGAACUACAGUAAUAGAUAAGAGAAUUAUUGGAAAAGUGAACAUUUAUGUGUGUGUGUGUGUGUGUGUGUGUGUGUGUGUGUGUGUGUGUGUGUGUGUGUGUGUGUGUGUGUGUGUGUGUGUGUGU